GGGGCAGUCAAGGAGCACUGACGAUGGCACAUCCCCCCAGCUCUGUUGUGCCGGGGACUCGACGGCGUAAAUCACCCAGCACCACCAAGAACGUUAAGAGCCACAACAAAUCUUCACAUGUGGAAGAGAAUCAAAUAUGGGUCCAGUGUGAAACACCACGCUGUUUGAAAUGGAGGCUAAUUUCUCAGGUGGCCAGCUGUCUUGAGCCCGGACCCAGGCAACGGGAUGCACUUGAAACAGGAUGGAGAUGGAGAUGUGCACAGCUACCAUGUUGAGUUCCUGGGCAACCCCCACAGCAGAUGUUGGGCCAUGGCCAAGUGUGUAGGCAGCUACCGAUCCAUUGCUGAGAAGGAUUUGAGAGCGCUUACGAAAACUGACAGGAAGUCAUGUAAUAUUGCCAUACAGGAGGCUGGACAAAUCAAAAACAUGUCAUGUGAGGAAAGACUCCUCUUAUGUCACUUCCAACCAAAUUACUUAUUGAUUAAAGCCGAGAAGCUGAUGUGGGACAUUGAGGACCUGAUAAAACAAUUUGACUCAAACGGCGGCUCCAGACAGAAACAAAAACACAGCAAGGACCAGAGCUCCUGGUUGUGUCAGGGCGGGAUUGAGGAGGAUGGCGAUGCCUUGAUCGUCGAGGGCUUCAGGUUUGAGAGUGCAGCCAGCACGGAGGAGCUGAGGAGCCUCGGUUCACAGCCUGGCCCAAGCAACUUGUAGCGUGACAGAUGACUCCGGGGCAGAUCGAAUGAGGAUAUGAACAAAGUGAAGUUAAGUGAACAUAGGUUAUGAUUGGGAGGCUCAAACCAAAGGGCAGCUGUGUUGAGCAAUGUCAGUUGGCUCUAUGGUAAGCUAUAUUUGCGUUUAAUAACUUUUUUUUGUUUUAUUCUUUGUUGUUUAUUACUGUUUGUUCGCCAAAGGCUAACCAGAGACAUGAUCCACUUUGUUAAUUUGAUGAAUACGGUAUUUGAAUAUUUUUUUAUUUUUGUUCCUUUUCUAGUGUUGUGUAUAUUUGCAUUGGUAUUUAAAUACCUGAAAAUGUCUUGAUAGACUUCAGGCUGUAAAUGUAAUUUGUUUAUAAAUCUGUUUAUAAAUCUCACUGUUAAUAAAAGUAGUUAUGCGUUUACACAGGUGCCCAAAUUUUCCAUGCUGUUCAAGAUGUACCACAUCUUUAUGGGUUUUGUGCGAACUGUGCAAAAAUCGACCGACAAUGAGUAACGCUGGAACAUGCACUUAAA